AUGCCAGGUGUGUUUAAAGAUGUCCGUGUCUCAGUCAUUAGACCAAGCCAGGUCAAACAAGACGGACCGUGCAGUGACUUUAACCCCAGAGAAGACCUGAAGUCGGUCUCUCUUUUGCCUGGUGUCAGGUACCAGAUGGUGCCCCGCCCCACAUGUUUUGAGAACAACACCACCUACACAAUCCGGCUGGACUUUCACAGCUACAUCAUUGGACGCAGACAUCCUGAAGCUACCCUGUUCAUUGACUCUAUCGUUCUGAUGCCGAACCCAAACUACAUUCCCAUAUACCAAGGUGCUGGACUACCAGAGUACCUAAAGAACGAGUUCCUAAAUAGCCGGUGCGACGUUUUACAGCGCCCAGUCCAAAAGUCCGAGCUGCCGGACAAGUGCCAGAAACACAUCUUCUCUAUCUCUGCCGUCCUGCACAACGGGGUUCUGGACUGCGACUGUGACCGUGUGGGUUCCGUCAGCCUCGAGUGUAACCCCAGCGGUGGACAGUGUCAAUGUCGGCCAAACGUUGUAGGUCGUCGCUGCGACCAGUGCGCUCCUGGCACCUUCGGAUUUGGACCUCUAGGCUGCUCACCGUGCAAUUGUCAUGAGUUCGGAGCCAGGGACACAUUCUGCAACGAGCAGACUGGUCAGUGUACCUGUGCCCAGAACUUGGCUGGCCGCACCUGCGACCAGUGCCACCCUGGAUUUUGGGGCUUUCCUCAGUGCCGCCCAUGUCAAUGUAAUUCAAAUGCUGACAGAUGUGAUCAACUGACAGGAGCUUGCAUUGGAUGUAAAGGCUUUACCAGCGGCGUUUCUUGUGAGAGGUGUCUGUUAGGAUAUUAUGGCGACCCCAGGGCUUCUAUGAACAUUUCCUGCCGGCCAUGUUUAUGUCCUGGAGGACCCAACAGCGUCACCCAGCAUGCAGACACCUGUACUUGGAACCCCAGCACAGAUGACGUGCAGUGUCAUUGUAAGCCUGGAUACUCAGGUCACUCCUGUAAUACCUGUGCGGACAACUACUUCGGGUUGCCGACACUGAUGGGCAGCCAGUGCCAACCCUGUGCCUGCAACAACAACAUCAACCCGGACACGCCCGGCAGCUGUGACACAUCUACGGGACAGUGCCUCAAGUGCCAGUUCAACACGGAAGGUUUUGCAUGUGAGCACUGCAAAAGAGGUUACUAUGGCGACGCAACCAAACAGAACUGCGCUCGUUGUGUGUGCCACCAGCUGGGUACAGAAGCAGGCGACUGCGAUCGUGUCACUGGACAGUGUCCAUGCCUCCCUAACGUUGUGGGUCAGCGCUGUGACCAGUGCGCUUUGUCCUACUGGAAUAUUGCUAGCAGGAAGGGGUGCACCCCUUGUAGCUGCGACCCCCGUGGAUCCGCGGCCCCUCAGUGUAACCAGCUCACAGGACAGUGUGUAUGUUUACCUGGCCGUGGUGGACCCAAGUGUGCAGACUGUGAGAAUCAAUUUUAUGGAGAUCCCAAUCACUAUUGUUUUCCUUGUGACUGCGACACCCAGGGUUCAAGGUCUCUGCAGUGUGACCGUCGAACAGGUCAAUGUCUCUGCCUGGAGGGAGUGGUCGGCCACAAGUGUGAUAAAUGCUCACGAGGGACUACAGGAGUCCUGCCCAAUUGUGUCCCUUGCGGGGAGUGCUUCAAUAACUGGGACAAGGUCAUCAAGGACAUUCGAGAGCAGACCCACAACGCUGUGAGACAAGCUAAAGAAGUUCCCUUGUCAGGCUCCCUCCGAGCCUUCGACGCUGACUUCAGGCUGAUGCAAAAUGACAUUGAUGACAUCAACAAGAUUUUGUACUGUCUCAACACCACCAACUUUGACAUCAGCGACAUCAAUAACAUGCUGGAAACUAUACAAAGCAAGAUGAGAGAAAACACGCUGUCUCUCAACAAGACUGAGGAAAGUUGCAGUGCAAGCGCCAAUCAAGUGAGGCGAGGUGGCUUCAGGAUAGAACUGCUCAAGAAUCGAGUCAAUAACAUCAAAACUUUGGCUAAACAACUACAGGAUAACAUCACGAAUGUUAAGAUCCGAGAAGUUGGAGGUGCCUCAGACCAAAUCAAAAAAGCUGAGCUACAGUCCAGAGCUGCACAAACACAAGUUACUGAUGCCAUGCGAAGAGUGGCCGAGUCCCAGACUAUAAGGAUAGACACUGAAAGGCUCUUCUCUGCCAGACUUGGAAAAUUUCAAGAUCAGACGGAGGCAAAUAUCUGGGACCUGAACCGUCUGGAUUACGACAUCAUGAAGUUCAGAGAUGAGAUGAUAGACAUCAAUACCCUGGUGUGUGGUCAGUCAGGGAACCCAUGCUCUGCUUUGUGUGGAGGUGGUGGUUGUGGUAGGUGUGGUGGAGAUGGCUGUUCUGGUGCCCUCACUGUAUCACAAACAGCGUUAGACAUUGCUCUCAAGGCCGAGGACCUUCUCAAGGUCAGCACUAAGAAUGCUACUGAAGACUAUAUUCCAAGGCUGCUGGAUGUCAGGAACGAUGCUGAAGAAGCUAAGACAGCUGCCCAAAUGGCCUUCGAUGAAGUCUCUAGGGCCAACAACCAGACACAGAGCACUCGGGCCUACCUUGAUUCUAUCCGGGAAAAGGUUUAUACAUUUCUGUCCGGCAAUAACGUCAGCUCCCCGGCACAAGUGGAGCAGAUCGCCCUGGAGGUUCUAGCCAUGGAGGUUCCUCUUCAGUCAGAUCAGAUCCGAAAAGUGGCAAGCAAGAUUGCUCGACUGGUCGGAACACUCACAGACAUAGACAAGAUCCUGGAGGAAUCCGCGGAGCAUAGGGCUGCAGCUCUGGAGCUUCAGCAGCUUGCUAAAGACACCUU